AUGGAUCUCAAUUCUGGAGAGUGGAAUGCCUCUGAGAUCAUGAUGGCGAAAGAUCUCAUAGCUAGCCACAACACCAACAAUAAUUAUGCCUACAACAUGUACAAGAAGCACACUGACAAUAUUGUGGAUGUUCUCCAAGCAAGGUUUCCUACAAAGGGAAAGCAUCAGGUAAUCAACUUGUAUGUUGAUCUCAUGGUAGAGAUGUUGCAGACGAUGUUGAGCAAUGACCACCAUGCAACAUCAAGUAGCAAUCUUGUUCAUGAAGAAUCCAAGAUGUCACUGGAUGUUCUAGCCAUGGAAAGCAUGGACAUGUUGGGUGGUUAUCCGGUAGAGAGUGGGGCCAAGAGGAAGGCGGAGGAGGCUCCAUGUAGGCAACUCGCUCCACCGACAAAGAGGCAGCGCCCUAUGAAGUUUUGGACCAAGGAAGAGCACAGGAACUUUCUCCAUGGCCUAGUUGUGUUUGGCCGCGGUGAUUGGAAAAAUAUCUCUAGGUACUUUGUUACCACCAGGACACCGAUGCAAGUCUCCAGUCAUGCCCAAAAGUACUUCCGUAGGAUGGACUCUACCACGAAACAACGUUGUAGCAUCAAUGAUGUUGGUCUCUAUGAUGUUGAGCCAUGGCUGCAAAAUAAUGCUUCUAGUUUGGAGGGGCUCACCUUUAAUGGCGCCACCUACAACCCAAAACACAAUGGCACUAGUGGACAUCUCACCGCCAUGAACAACCUGGACCAACAGAUUGGGUUACCAUCCUUGUACCAUGCUGACCGGACAAGCAACAAUAAUAGCUUGGCUGCUACCUUAGUUGUAGGCCAACAACAACAACAACAACAAAUGUGGGCUAGUGGCUCUCAUGUUGCUCUAGUGAUGGAGAGGAAUAGCAACAAGACAACCUGGGCUGGUGAUCAGGAGGGAGAUUUUCUAAUUGAUCAGUGGAUGAUGAACAUGGAUAUGAACUAG